GCAUUCGAGUUCUAUGCAGAGUGCAUAUGCAGAUGGGGAUCUUGCAAACAUUUGCCAGUGACUCUGCGCUGCCUGGAACUCCCUCCAUGCUUUUGUGACCAGGGCAGGAAUGGGGGAGGGAGCAGAUGUGCCGGCGGAUUGCAGCUCUGCCUUUGCGGAGGUGAUCUUCAAUAGACCGGACGUCAGAGCAGCGCCCUUUCUCUCCAUACUUCCAAAUGGAACCUCUUCCUGUCCGUGUAUGUGCGUAUGCGCGCGGCACCUGCGCUGUUUGGGGAGGACCCCAUUCCUUGUAUGAGCCGAAGGAGGGGGCUCGCGGGGAGCACUCGGGUUCUAAAAAUGGAAUUGCUCGUUUGUGUAGGCAGGAUGCGAUCGAAUCGGUGUUUUGCAUUCUUCUGCAGAGUGUGGGCAACCAUGUUCGGCCUGUGUUUACAAGGAUCAUAGCCGAGCUGCGGGAGCUCGAGCACUCGGCGAUGGUUGUGAUGGUUCCGCACGAGCAGCGAUCCCAGGGCCGCGCGAUGCUGGGUGGAACAGCUAGCGGGUCUGGUGACAAUGCGGCUACUGCAGGAAGGCAUAGCCAAGCGUAUUCUGCGCAGCGAAUCGAGGCCGAGAAGGAGCUACGCGACCGGUUUGUGUCGGUGGAGCUGCGCUUUUUCGAGCUGAUCCACCUGUGUGACUUGGCGGUGCAGAUGCUCGAGAUCUACUACAAGCGGGAUCUCUGCCAGUUCAUUGUCGAGGACGACUUUCUGAAUAUCUGCAACCAGGAGAAGAAAGCGCUGGAGCACGCUAUCGACGACAAUGUUGCAGUAGGUAUGGACUGCGUGAUUGAGAUCAUCCUGCGGCAGACGCAGCACAUUCUGGACACCGAGCAGCGCCUCAACGACUACCAUCCUAACAGCAACUCAUCGCUGACGCUGACACCAACACUGGCAUGCACGCGUGCAGUGCAGUUCUUGAGCGAGUCAACGCAGAUUAUCCGCAGCAUGACGACGCAGAAGCAAAUGCGCGAAGUGUUUUUGGGCGAGAUUGGACUGAGGCUGUUCAAUGUGCUUUUGGAGAACAUCAAGCGGUUCCAGAUCACUGAGCCAGGUGGGUUCCAGCUCAUUGCGGAUCUGAAUCUGUACUAUGACUGGGCAGAGAACAAUGUCGACCCAGAGACGUUGCGCUUCUUCACGGCGCUCAAAGACCUGGCAAACUGCUUCAUCCUGGCACCGCGCGAUCUGCGCGGGUUCCUGCGCGACCAGUACUCAAGACACACGUUUGACGGCGUCAUGCGGUCUGAGGAAGUUUAUGAUGUUGUUGCGUGUCGCGCUGACUACCGCCAGAUUAGGACACAAGUGGAGGGCCACUGCGACUUCAUGUAGCAUGAGGCAGUGCCGGUAUAUAUUUUUA